AUGCCAAAAGCUAGAGAACGAGUAUGCUCGAUAUGCGGAAUCGGCUCAAGAUUAACUCGGAAUAAGUUCAAAGUUAUUACAACAGUAGCCGUUGAAAAACUAUUAAUAUCUGCCUAUCAAUCCAGAUAUGGUUUCGAUUUAUCUGUUCCGUUGCUUGGUUCAUCGGUGCAUGAAACAUGCUACAACAGCUUGUAUGGAUGGUAUCGUUAUCAGAAUCAAGUGAAAGAAGUACCUGCUAAUAAUACUUGUUUAAAUCCCAUAAGUAAUAAUAUGCAAACAGUUCAUCAGUGUGAACAUCAAUCAUCACUGGAUGCAGUAUUGGACUGCAAUACGAAUACAGAUAUUGAAAUGGAUAUUUCUCCUUCGUCAAUGCUCAAAGAAGAUUCACUGAGUGAAAAUACAGUGUUUACAACAACGACCAAAAAUGACGACCAAAUUGUUUGCCCAAUUAGAAUGAAUCAAAAUGAAAAACCUGACAAUGAACCAUUACUGUGUAUUUCUCCGAUAUCCUCAUUGUCUCCUACUUGUUUAUCGAAUAAUCCGUGGAUGGUCCAUGCAAGCACUGAUUGUUUCGAAAACUCGAACAAAAAUCAUUUUCUUUCAUCAACUAUCAAUUUAUCUAUCAAUGAUCUGGAAGCAUCAUUUAAUCUAGAUGAGCCGCUUGAUAAAGAACUAAAUUCAUUAAUAACUCGAGAAUUUGCAGAAACUAGCAUUUUAUCAAAUAUUGAAAAUAUCAGCAGUCUUCAACGAUCUAGUUUAUUAAAUUUUAACAAAAAGACUAACGAUCAUAUUGAAAAGACAGUUACUGAAUUACUUUCCUUGAUGACCCAAAUUGUCACCAAAACAAUAAAUAUUAGCUCAAAAUGUUCAUUAAUCUUACCCAAAUUGUUCAAUAAUGAUAGCUUUUUAUCAACAUGUUCAGUGCAAACAACUUUUGAAUCUUUAAUCAGCACUAAUAAUCUUUUUAUUCCAGAAAUUGAAAAUCAACAUGAUCCAACAUCUAAUCUUAAUGUACCACUUUUCGUUGAUACUACAUUUAAUGAUAUUUUUCACUCAUCGAUAUGCCCGACCGAUGAUGUGAAUGAAGAAGCAUCCAUUAUUUCGUCUGAUCCAGAUAUGUUGAUGAGUAACAGUUAUCAAGAAGAGACGUAUGCACAUUGUUUCAAUGAUAUACCACCGGAAUCAUCUAUCUUUGACGAAGAUAACGUAACUGGUAAUUGGGAAGAUCUUAAUAAUGAAUGUACUAUCGAUGAAGAUUCAUUUUUUUUGUUGAGCGAUGGAUUGAAUCGAACAGAUACUGAUAAACCGAAAUUGAGACGUUCAAGAAAGGUUAAUUCACGAUCUUAUUACUAUAAGCGGAAGAUUACUAAUGCUAUUCGAAAAAGAUUAUCAACGUUAUCUCAUCGUAGUCAAUCUGAAGCUGAAAGUCCUGGUUCAGCAUGUCGUGAAGAUGCUUAUAAAUCACCAAUGGAUGAACUAAUUACUUGGGUUACAGAACAAGUACAAGAUAAACUUAUUUCUUUGAAUGAGAUCAAAGAUAAGUUGAGAAGUAUUAUAUGUACCCAACACCAGGAAAAAUUAGAUGAUAUACAAUUGAGAAAUGAUUGGGUACAACGACAGAUGCAAGAGCAUUCACCUGGGAAGUUUUGGUUCGGCAAGAUUGCUAAGCGUCUUGGAACAUAUAUUGGUCUAAAUAACAUCGGUGGUCAUUUACAAAAUAUUUUGUCAUCGUCCUUUUCUUACAAUUUAUCGCAAUCCAAUGUUACGGCUACUACUGAUCAAGAUGAUUCAAUACAAAGUAACGGAAAGAAACAAUUAUGUCUAGCACUAUUUACAGCAAUUACCACGUUGCGUGAACAAAUCCGAGAGAAUAUUUAUCUGAUUCAAGUCUUCCAUAAAGAACCUGAGAAGAUUACUAAUAUGACGUCUGGCAUAUUGAAUAGUCUUGUUCCAAUGUUGCUGAGAAAUUUUAUUGGUAUGUUAACAGCAAGCAAUCGCAAGUUUUCUAAAAUAAAAAGUGAAUAUGCAUAUUUAGAUGCAUUUGAUAUUGAUUUGUUUCGUACUAGUGAAAACUGGCUCAAAAAUAUUUCUAUUUGCUAUGAUAUCAUUAAUAUUAAAAAUGACCGAAUUGUGUCACCUAAACAUAUUUUAUUGGCGAAUGAAGUCUUUCGGCACGCACAUUCAUAUGAGCUACUGACAGUGCUUAAUAGAUUUGGUGUUGUAUGUUCACAUAGAAACCUUUCACGCCUUUAUCAUCGUAUUGCAAAAAAUAAUGAUACAAGUGGAUCUGGAUUACCUUCAAAUAUUCGUGCCAAUAGUUUUAUGAUUGAAGUACAUGAUAACUUUAAUAUGAACAAAGAAACGUUAAGAGGUGAAGGUAGUUUACAUGUUGUUAAUAGAAUUAUUUUACAAAGUGAUGAAAACGAUGGAAAACUUACGAACUUUUCUUCGUCUACUUCACCAAACAAUUCACUUUCGUCUUUACUUCCGGUUACUUCAGCAAACACAACUAAUGCAUCAGAUACGAGAAAAAAUCAUUUGAAUAUUCAACCAAGUCUUUAUCAAGGAUUUACAUGUUCGAAUCAUGAUAUAUCUUUAUUCUGUUUCAAUCUCAUCAAGUGUUGGUUUGGUACAAAGCAUUUAGAUUCAGCUUUUUCCAUAACACGGCCCUGCAUACUUAUUCCACUAACAUCAGGCUUUUUUGCCUCUUAUGUUUCGUCAUCGCCGCGUCCUAUACAUCAUGUUGCAUUCCUUCCACCAGUUCACAGUGAUCCAAAUAAAAUCUCGACUACUUACGAAUGUAUGGAAUCAACGAAGCAACGAUUGUUGGACAACGGUUUGCAAGAAGCGGCUGUAGUCGUGGUCGAUGAAAAAAUUUACAGAAACUGCAUUCAAGUAAAAGACAAUCAUAAAGUGCUAUUUGACAAAUUAUUACCGUAUCCAGGUGAAUUUCACAUAAUGAAGAAUUAUAUGAUUGCUGUAUGGGACAUAUUGGAAUAUUCUGGUAUUGAUACAGCAUUAGGUGAAUUAUAUAGAGGAGCAAGUUUUCGAUCAAUUAUGAAUUGUUCUCAUUUCAAUAAAUCCUUACGUGCUAUGAAAUUAUUGCAUUCUACUUUGGCCACAUUACUAAUUCAUCAAUUUUUGAACGACAUGCCUAUUGAAAUUGUCAACGAUCUUGAAGCUCUCUUGAAGACCAUACCGUAUGAUGUUACUUCCAAUACAUUGAAAAUAGAAUGGUUCAAAAAAUUUCAGGAUACAGUACAACAACAUCAGUUAUUUAUAGUGUUUAAUGAAUGGAUUGCUGAUAAGAACAAUCAAAACAAGAAAUUUAAAUUUUGGCAUUUUGUUUUUAAUGAUCUCAUUGGUCCUUUAAUUGAUAUGUAUAUAGCCAUUCGAUCGGCUGAUUUUGAUGCUCGUAAUGCAGCAUUAAGUCGUAUGGCACCGUUAUUCUUCACAACAAAUCAUCAAAAUUAUGCGCGACUAUGUGCAAGACACAUUACUGAUCUUCGCUCAUGUUCUGAUGAAUUGUUCAACGUUCUUGCGAAUGCAUUUGCAGUACAACGUACGCCACGUCCUUUUUCAUCUAUAGCUAUGGAUCAGACAAUUGAAGUAACAAUUAAUAAAGCUGGUAAAGGUCAAGGAGGUAUAUCUGGUCGAUAUGAUAAAGAUAUGAUCGAUAUUUGGUGCAAAUCAUUUUCUUAUCGAUCUUUAUUAUCCACUAUUACAUGUGAACUAGCUGAAUACGAGACCGAAAACAAUAAUAUUGAUGCUCAUAUUGAAUGCACUCCGUCAAGACUUGAAGCUGAUGAGCACGAUUUCGGCACAUUACUUAUGAUCCUCGUCAAAGAACGUUUAUUUACAUGUGAUGAGGAAACUGUUACACAGCUUUUUUCUGGACAACAGUUUAAAUCGAUAAUUAUUGAUGAUAUUUUGGGUUACAUUCUACGCGGACAAGUUGCCAUAGAAGAAUUCGUAAAAGAACGUCUUGUGAAUUGUUCAACACCUUGUCAAGCAACUUUGAAAAAAAUGAAGUUAUUAAAGCUGAUUGAUAAUGAUCAAGUUGAUCAACAAUCAGGAAUAGUUAAACGUGUGGCAAAAAAAUCAAUACAAAAUAUAAAAGAAAUUGAUGAAACUAUUAUAAAAGCACUGAUGCUUAGUCGAUAUCGGCCAAAAAUGAAUCUGGUUGAAUUCUUUGGACACGAAUUUUCAUCAUGGCCACUUUCAUUAUGCGAUCGGAAUAAUCAAGAUUUUUUGUAUCAACAAAGCAAGUCGAAAGUUAUAAACUUUUUAAAAGAAAAGGUUCCCGAUAGUUUUGGUACAAUCAAUCCAUUUACUAUAUCAUCAACAAACACUCAUGAAUCGGCUUUACUUAUCGACGGUGGUGCUCUUUUACAAACACGUCCUAUGCAUGGUCAUACUGCAUUAGAUUAUGCAAUUUAUCUACUUGAAAAAAACAUUAUUCCAGAAUUUAAUUCGUAUGAUCGUAUUGAUAUUGUAUUUGAUUCUAAUCGAAGUUAUACAGCAAAACGUUUCAUUGAUCGGCAUACAGUUAUUGAUGAACACAGAGUCACUUAUUAUAAAUUAUUGCCCGAACAUAAAUUGCCAACUGGUCAACAGUUCGAUAGCUUCUUACGAUGUGGUAAUCGUGCCACUUUAGCAGCUGCUGUCGUCCAAUGUUGGCAGCUUCCAGAGGCGUUCGAAUUAAUUCCAGCACAGAAGAAACUUGUUAUUGGUGGCCCGAGUACAACUGCUUUGUAUCUCUCAAAUGAUCUACCACCAGAACAAGCAUUUUCUCUAGAAUUUAAUCAUGAAGAAGCGGAUACACGUUUAGUUCUUCAUUUACAAGACGCUGUUUUAUAUAAUUAUAAACAUGUGUGUGUGCGAUCUGCCGACACUGAUGUUGUAUUUUUAAUGAUAUCAUAUGCAAAUACUGUUGAUUUAUCAAAAGUUAUUGUUGAUGCAACCGUUCGUAGUGGUCAACCAAAAUAUAUCGAUUGCACUAUGAUACAUCAUCAAUUAAUUAAUAAGUAUCACAUAUUUCCGGAAAUCUUACUUGCUCUACAUGCUAUCAGUGGUUGUGAUACAACUUCGUUCUUCAGAAACAUAUCCAAAACGACAUUUUUUGAAACAUAUUUUGCUUCGCCUUCACGUUAUGCUGAACUGCAAAAUCUUUCAGCAUUUCCUAUGAAUCAAAAGGAUAUUUAUGUCGUUGAAAGAAUCAUUUAUGAUUGUAUUCAUCAUGGUAAUCGCCGAUCACAAGUGAAAAAAACUUUACAUAUGGCCUCAAUGAAUGCAUCGAAUUUGAAACCUUCGACUAGCACGUCAUUCACAUCGAUUGAUAAUUUACGUGCAACUAUGGCACUUAAUGCACUCCAGAAAGGAAACAAAUCUAUUGUUCUCAUACUUCCCCCAUCAGCUGUUGCAUUGUUUCAUCAUUGUCGUAGAGCGAGCAGACAAUAUCAAGUGUGGAGAAGUGCACAUAUUGAUAAUCUUCCUUAUCCUGAUCAUGAACCAUACGGUUUUGAAAAGAUCAACAAUGAAAUCAGAAUAAAAUGGACGACAAAAAUGCCUUUACCAAAAGAUAACUCUUGUUUCCAUUCUUGCAAAUGUACGGGCGAUUGUAAGAGGUGCAAAUGUGGUAAAUAUUCACAACCAUGUACAAUAUACUGCUUGUGUGAUCCGACGAAAUGUUCCAAUCGCUCAUCAAUUUCCAAUGAUUUGGUACCAAAACAUGCUGAAACAAGAUCAAUCGAAUCAACGAAUACAAAUAACAUCUUCCACGAUCAUGAUUACUUUUGCAAAUCAAAUGAGACCAUCAACUCUGACGUCAUAUUGCAUGACUCUGAUGAAGAUGCAUCUUCAAAUUCUUCAGAUCUAAUACAGAAUAUUGACUCAUCUGAUGAUCUUAGUACAUUUGGCUGA